AUGAAGCACAACAUAUAUCAGCAACAUCAACGACGUUACCUGCAGCUAGAAUAUGAUAACAAAUGCAAACAAUCUACCAAAUUAGAAAAUGAAUUAAAAAUAUCACUGCAAUCAAUUAAAAACAAGCUGAAUCCACUUGAAUUUAAAUUAUUGGAACAACAUUUAAGAAGUAAUUAUGAAAAGGAGAAAAAACAAAUUAAAGCAACACACAAGAAGAAAAUUGAACAAUUAUCUAAGGGCGAUGCGAUUUUAGAUGAAAUUGAUCCUAAAAAAGUCGUUCACAACAUCUCAUCUCCCCUUCUAACACCAGACGAAGAAUCAAUCUUAAGUAAAGGAUUACAGUUCUGUAUUGAAAUGCAAAUUAAGAACUCAAUUGAAUUUCAAACAGACAUCGAAAUGAUGGCCUUCAACAUUUUGAAACAGUUAGAUAAACCUGAAGCUACUUCAUUGAACGCUUGUUUAACUGAUUGUAUUCGACGUUCGGCAAACUAG